AUGUCGUUCAUCCCUAAUCUCACAUACUCUAUCGCCUCCACUGUAUGGUCCGGCACAUCAGCUGCCCUAGGCAAGCAGCAAGGAAAACCCAACCCUGCUACCACCACCACUGUCACAGGACCCGGCUCUCACCACCAUCACCACCAUCACUCUCACCAUCACUCCCACUCAAGAGACAGCACCGGCAACAACAAGCGAUAUUCCUCCUCCUCUUCCUCUCACAGUCGCAGACAGUCCAGCACCAACUAUAACUUUAGUCGAAGUCAGCCCAAUGGCCCCUCUUCCACCACCUCCAGUUCUACUACUCCCAUGACCCCGCCACACUCACCCAACCACUACAGCCAUUCAGGAUCUAGCAGCGAACGUCGACCAGCCCGCAAAAGGAACCCAUCCAUCUCUUCUACACCCAGAACACCACCCUCUUCCCCUCAAUUGGACUCUGCCUCUGCCUUUGAAGCCGGUCACUCACCCUACAAUUUUUCCAGGAAGAAGCCUCAGGGAGGAGCAGCAGACGGACAAGGGGGAAACAGCAGUAGCAGCCGGUCGUCUUCGCAACAGCACUCCAGUUCAGCCAACGGUUACAACAAACGUAACACUUAUCCGAAUGCCCAUACUAACGACAGCAGCAGGAGGGGCAACCACAACAAUAAUAGCAGCAGCGACAACAGCAGCAGCAACAAUAACAGUGCCAAGGAAAACGCGAGCCAACCCCCCAAGGCUCCUGCAACUGCAGAAGAGCGAUACAAAAUCGUCGACGACAUUCUCGAGACUGAGAAUCUUUACCGUGUCCUCGCGGUAAACCGUAACGCUACCUCUGAAGAGAUCCGAAGGGCUUACAUCGCAAAGUCAAGAGUCUGCCACCCAGACAAGUUCCCCGAGUACCCAAGGGCAACCGAAGCCUUCCAAAAAUUGUCUUUGGCAUAUGAAACACUGUCGAAGCCAUCCUCUCGGUUCGUUUAUGAUUCCACAGGAGGGUCAUCGGGCAAGAGCAUGCUGGGGAGCGAUGAGACACUCCAGAGCGUUCUCUCACAAGUGUUUUUCGAAUUCAUGGACGGCGACUUUGAGGUCAUCCGCAACAUGAUCAACACGAUGAACAACACUGCAGGAGGAGUACGACUCGGAGAUGAUGUUAUCGGCGUGAUUGAGGAGAUGUUCCUCCGGUUGCGGUUCGUUCUUCAUGGAUGCAAAAAGUACAUGACGCUGGUACAUGACCAGGUGCAACAACUCGGUGAAAUUCACCACAGCAUGCGGUCUUUGGCAUAUCUGGAUGUGCUAGGACGUUUCCGGUUGACACUCAAGUUGUCAAAGGUGAUGCUGACGAUCCCGAUGAUUAUUCAGGAUGAGAUGAAGCGAGAGAUAGCAGUCGCUGCGGCUUUGGAGGGUGCAUCGGAACAGGAUGACGCUAAUACCAAGAAGAAUGCUGGCAUUGUUGGCACCGUCUUCCUAAACGACCGAGUCGAGACUGUCCUCAAGAAGGUUGUCUCUGCGAUCGAGACUGGAGAGCGAUGGGUGUAA